CGUUUUGUUGUCCACUUGUUUUCUUCGGCGUGAUGGCGUCCUGUAUAGGUCGUGUGUUGGUAGGCCGCAAGGCUUCUUAUAGACUCCUCGAGGUUCUAAAAGAACCAUCAGUUUUCAAAGCAAGGACCCUGCCCCCUUCAAACCGAUCGCCUCUCUCACUUUCUAAUGUUACGUACACUCCAGUCGUUAUCAAGAAUCUACUACGAGAACGGGAGUUGAGAACUCACCAAAUACCUGAAAUAGGGGCAUGUACUCAUAUUCGACAGCUGCAGGAUGUUAUAGAGGGGGACGGAGAUCAGCCUAAGAAGAUGGUCCUAGAAUGGAUGGAUGCCGACCUCUGGCAAUGCCGACCGCACGGCAAGCUGGCUAAUCCGAAGCUUCCACAAAUUGUAGCAAAGUCUAUUCUUGAAGCUCUGGUUGUCUUCCAAAGGCUCCAUGCUGUGCAUACAGCAUUCCACGAGGGCGUGGCGAAGAACAAUCCCAACGCACAAACGAAGGAGACACGGGCUCCAGAGGUGUGGAAAGGCCUUGGAUUCGUACACCAUCUUCCAGCUCCUAUUGUCGCAAAGUUAACUAAUGAGCAGUUGGUGCAUUGGCUCCUGUCUCGUACCUUAUUCGGUCCCAGAGACAAGAUCAUCGAGCAGUACACAACAGCCUGGUGCUUAGCCAAGAUAAUCAGGCUCAUCGGGCCCAUGGAAAUACCGGAUGAUCCGAAAUACAAGGACGACUUCACACUGGCACAUGACCUCGCUGCGUCAAGUUAUAAGGACCCGAAAACGGGCCAGUGGAUGCCCUUUAUAGGCCUCGGUUCGUUGCGAGAAGAACUAGAACCGCUUUCACGAGAUGUGUGUUCGUACGCGUGUAUUGGCUUUGUUGAGUAUCUUCUCGUUGUUGACCCUGCGAAGCGACCGACGGCUGAGGAGGCGCUGCAACAUCCAUUCAUCAAGUCGAUUUCAUAAGAGAUACGUGAGGGCGCAUUUCUUUUUGGAACUGGACAAGGUGUGCGCAGCUCUCUCUCGUAAGUAACUACAGAGCUAUAGAACCGUUCUAGGGCU